AUAAGCUCUAUGGUGAGUUUAAUAAAAUGGCAACAGAUCGAGAGUAGACAAGUUCCUUGAACUAAAUAGCCCUAAAUGAACAUCUAACCAGAGAUGUCGUGGGCUACGCCAGUCACACCAGAUCCCUCAGGGGAAAGGGCACCUGUCCAAAAAAUGAAAUCACAGAGUCGGUUUGCACAUCUCAACUUCCGUCUUACUUUUAUGGAUUUUGUACCACAAUGUAUCAACGAGGGAGGACUUUUUACAGCUCCAACAUUUGAACUAUUCAGUGCAUUAGUGAAAAAGGCAAAUGAUUGGCUUUUUGGGAACCCGGCAAUGCAAGUGAGAACAUGUGAGACUAUUGAACUACAUGUGCCAGUUGGGUACACUGAACUUGAUGCCAACAGAACGUCCAGAUCGGAGUAUGGGAAGGGGAGGUUAAUGCACAUCAAAGCACUGAGAAUGUGGAUAUCUCCCAAAUCAGCAUCUGAUCGCUCAGAACCACAAACUAUUCGCUGUAUCAACAUUGUGCCAAAAUGUAUAAAAGAAGGUUUCAAUGGAAUAGAGCCAGAAUUUGACUCUAUCAUUGUAACUCUUCAAAAGUUUAAUAAUAUUAUAAGGAAAGAGGCUAUACAGGGGAAGAUAAUCACCGUGGAAACUGUGAAACAUAUGUUUACUCAAUGGACAGGUACGUUAGAUGCUGAUGAGUCAACCUAUGUAGACAAGUCCUCGGAUCAGCUGUGCAAUUUAUAUACACUGAGGGUGUAUUACAUUGAAGGAACCUCUCUAUUUGAAGAAUUGGAGAUGAAAGACAUUAGUCCAAGGAAGGUUGAAGUGAAGAAGAAAAAGGUGAAGUUUGCUGGUCACUCUGACACUAUUGAUGUUGUACAGACAUGGCUGAGGGAGCAGAUCGGAAGCAGAUUGAUCUCAAUACAAUCUUUAGAGUUUCAACUGACAGAUGCAAAACUAACAGAAAAUGGAGUUCCUAACACAGGAUAUUCAACAUACACAAGAUCUUUGGAAGAGAAAGGCCAGACAAUACUAAUUCACAGAAUAUUUCUAGCAAGACCUUCAAGGCCGACCUUAAGUAAACCAAAACUACCACCCCUGUUAAAUUGCAAGACAUUUGUCCCAGUGCAGUUGAAUAAAGGCAACACAGAAACAUGUCCUGGAUUUGAGGGAAUGGCAGAAACAAUGAAAAGAAUCAUUGCAUGGCUAAAUGUUACAAAUGUUAACAUCAUAUCAACGGAAACUGUGUCUGUGUGUCUCAAGAAGGGGAAAACCAUUGAUGCAGACACUUUACAGUGGACUUAUUCAAAUAGGAAAGAUAAACGAGAAUUCAUGUUGACAAUUAUACGACUGUACAUAGAUGGACAAUAUUUUGAACCAGCGAGUAAUUUGCUGCCCCCCUUGCCCUCUACAGCCACUGAUAACGAGGCAACUAUAUGCAGUAUUUCAUAGAUAUGUUGUCUCCCCCAGAGUAAUAGUCAAGAUCGUUAAAUAUUAACAAGGCAUUAUCAUAUAAAAUGUCACCAACUACUAUUUGUUGCAGACGUUGGAUGCCAACUGCCAAACACCAAUCGCUGAACACCAGGCACCAAAUGCCAAACAUCGUCCACAAAAAUGUUGGAGACUAUAACAAUAAGUCACCACUUCUGGU